AUGACGUUCGUUCAAUUCUUGUCUGUCUCAUUUUUAAGCUUUAUUACUUUGUAUGAGGCUUGUAUUCCUACGCAGCAAGGUAGGUCUUAGCCUAUUAUUAGGUAAGGGUAAAAUACCCUAAUUUUUUUUUAGUUGAAACCACAACUUCUACAACCACAACUACAACGACAGUCGGUCCAAGUAAGAAUUUUCAGUUGAAUCUAUGCCUGAUUGUGAGGUUUUUUGCAGCCUGCCCGGUAUGCGGCACAAUUUAUCAGCGGAACUGUGUGAAUAGUUUCGGAUCGGUUUGCCAGACAGCUGCAGCUAUUAGCGCGAUUCCGACGUUGAGUGGGACGACGUGCACGUGAGUUGCUCUACCGCUUGAUCUAUACCAGAAUUAAUUUUCAGUCUCUCAGCCACAUGCCCGGAUGACUUGGCAUUUUAUUACUUGACCGAUGGAAGUGAAGAAUAUAAUCAUGGUGAGAUUGUAGCACAUUGCGAUGAGAGCAAUGGAAUUUGGUAUUUUGAAUCGGUUGGGUACACACCACUCGUACCCAUUUCAAAUUAUAUAUGUCUAGUUAUGUAAUUGUUGUAAUUUUAUUUUUUCAAAAAUAUUUACAAACUACAUAUAAUAAAUUCUUAUCUCCGAAAAAUGAUAAAUCUCAUGCUGGCUAGUGAUAAGAAAACGUUAACACAUCAUCUCUGUUUGGCAUGGCGUAAAAAUGAAAAAUCCAAACGUAAAUAGCCUUGUUAGCGCAAUAUCUUCAAAAUGACUAUUAAAAAUAUUAGUUUGAGCAGUAUCUUUAUAUCAACAUGUAUACAUUUCAACAAUUUUUGAGAAUAAAUUAAUUUAAUGCUUUGUUAAUAUGAUCAAUCUCCGAAAAAUUCUGUAUUUGUCAUUUUGUGAAAAAAACCGCUUAAGACUAGUGAAGAAAGUUCGCUCUAUCGCACACAUAAUUGUUAUGUGUGUACUUCUCACUGUGUUUUUUUCCAAUGGAAAAAUGCAAUUCCUGAGAGACGCAGAGAUUUUGUGUGGUCUCGCAGCGAGUCACCUGACCGACGGGGAAGAGUACGGUUUUGGCGCUUGGUCUCGCAGCGAUUCACCUGACCGACGGGGAAGAGUACGGUUGCUUUUUUUCUCUGCGUCUCCCUCGAAUUGCAAAAAAAAAUAUCGUGUUCUCUCGGAGUUCACACCCAAACAUUUAUUUAUUCAUCAUUUUAGGUAUCCCAACUUGCUUUUUCACGUAGAAGGGGGGUUGCCCCCUUUAAAAAUAUGAUGUUAUUUGAAAACACCUGUUCCGAACCGAAAAACAUCGAUCUUAAACGAUUUUUCCUUCUAUAAAAAUUGGGUAACACUUUGUGAAUAUCAGUUUUCGAAGUACAUAAACACAUUGUUCCUCUGUCUAGUCUCAUUUUUCCCCAAUGACUUUUGAUAAAUUUUUGUCUGUCUCAUUUUUAAGCUUUAUUGCUUUGUGUGAGGCUUGUAUUCCUACACAACAAGGUAGGUCUCAGCCUAAGUUAAGGUAAGUUAUCCUGAGUUUUUUAGUUGAAACUACAACUUCUACUACUUCUACUACUACCACAGUUGCGACAACGACAGUCGGUCCAAGUAAGAAAAUUUUUUAAAAAUACGCGGGUAAGCGGCAUCGAACUCGGGCCAAAACAAUGCUAACCUAUCCGCUUAUCCACUCGCACAUGCUCGCUUUCUGAUCGUUCUCCGUAGUUUACCUGCGUCAUCAGUUGUUUUCAAAAAACUCGCAAUUUCUGUAGAGUCUUGUAGUGUAAGAAUACAAAAUAUCGGAUACAUUUUGUACUUAGCUCUUCGCCGUGUUUGACACUAAACAAAAAUAGAAAUGACUAAUUUGAUUUCUUGGCUUUUGUUGUUUUGCAGAAAAAAGGGAAAAGGGGGGAAGGUAAAAAAUGAAAUUUUGAUUCAUAAAACGUUUUACCCAAAUCUAAUUUGGACAUCCUUGGAUACCACAAAUUCUACAUUCACAAAUUAGAAUAAAGCAGAUUAACAUGAGCAACCUAGCUCUUUUUGAGUUAUGUAGUAUCAAAUUGAUCAAACUACACUCAACAUCUUUAUAAUCGUUACAACUUUAUUACGAGAUAAAACAAGUUAUCUUUCAAUCUUUCAAGCAAAACAACCCAACAUCAUUAUCUUGAUACUGCCAUUUGGUUAUUUUUCAUCUACAUAAAAUCAUGUUAAUCCUAUUAUUUUUAUUUUUUACUCCAAUUGAAGCUUGUAUACCUACACAGCAAGGUUUUGUUUUCGAAAAGCUGAUGAAAAAUUUAAAAGAUUUUCAGUUGAAGUUGGAACAACUACUCUUGAUCCACCCACGACGACAGCUUCAAGUUAG